AUGGGAACAGGUUCAUCAAGAGAACAACAUUUAAAUAGUUUUAAUACAUUACAAAAAGAAACUGUACCAUUUUCAUCAGAUUUGUGGAAAACAAUUCUUUCACAAAAUCUUGAAGAUGAUUCUUUGUAUCUUGAAAAUUUAAAAAAAUUAAAAAAUGAAAGACCUGAGAAUCUAGCAACUUUUAUAAAAAAAUUAGUAAAUCAAUUAGUAUUAGUAAAAGGUUUACAAAGAGAAACUAAUACACCUGGUGAUUUUCAAUUAACUUCUAUAUCAUUAUCUUACUUAUCAAGAAUUUUACCAAUUGUAUUCGAAAGUGGAGAUGAUUUCGCUGAUAAAGUCUUUUGGUUAAAUGAAGGUAUUGAACCAUUAUCACAUCCAUCUGCAAAAAUCUCAACCCCUCCUUCAAUAACAACAACAAAAACCACUGAAAUAAUAGAAGAACAAGAAAAAAAAGAUCAAGAAAAUAAACAAGUUGAAGAGAACAAAGAAAAUGAAGAAAAAAAAGAUGAAGAAAAAAAAGAUGAAGAAAAAAAAGAUGAAGAAAAAAAAGAUGAAGAUAAAAAAGAAAAUAAAACAACAACUACCACAACCACAACCAAUACUACUAAUAAUACAAAUAAUAAUAAUAAUUCUGAUGAAUCAUCAUUUGAUACAACACCGUUGGCAGUUAAAUUAAUGGAUAGUUUAUUAGAUUUAUUAUUUUUCCCAGGAUUUACAGUUACUGAAUCAUUAGGUUUAAAGUCUCCAAAGGAAGCAUCACCAGAUGCAAUACCAGUAUUAUUUAGUUGGGCCGGUGGAUUUGGUGUUGAUAGUGUCCCAACCGUUCAUAAUAAACAAUUUUGGAUAAAUCGUUUAUCAGUAUUACAAUGUUUAAUCACUUGUUUAUCUGAACAAUUGUACGUACCACAAGAUUCUGUUUCAACAUUCAAAAGUAAAUGGUUAGAUUGGAUAACUCAUACUCAAGAAUAUUAUACUGAAGCAUUGUUAUUCUCUUUAAUCAAUACAUUUGCAACAUUUGAUCCAAUAGGUUGGGGUAUUCCAUACAAUCACUUAAUGUAUUCAGAUGAUCAUGAAAUUUGUUCAAAAUUAUCAAUUCAAAUUUUAAAUGUACUUUUAACAUAUGAUCCAAUUGAAAAUAAUGAUCAACAACCACAACAACAGCAUCAUCAUCAUCAACAACAACAUCAUCAACAACAACAACAACAACAACAAUCAACAAUUGAAUGUAGAAAUAAAUUUAUUCAAUAUAUAAAAACAUUGAAAAGAGUUAGAGAUUUUAAAUUCUUUUUUAAUGCAUUUGAAAGAAUUAUGAAUGUUCCAUUAAUUGCAAGUCAUACAAAAUUACCAAAUUCAACUAAAAAAAUAGAACUUCAUCAAGAUUUAACCUAUACAAUGUGGUUAUUCCUUUCAUAUAAUCAUGAUUUUUUAAGAUCAAUUGUUAAUUAUGAAAAUUCACCAGAAUUUUUAAUACCAUUAUUACAAUAUAUGGAUGAAGGUAGAAAAAGUCAAACAACACAUGGUAUAGUUCAAAUUGGUACAUUUAUUUUAUUACUUUUAAGUGGUGAAAGAGAUUUCUCAAUAUCAUUGAAUAAGCCAUUCGUUGGUCGUAUUCAUAUUGAUAUUCAACAACCUCAAGUUUAUUCAGAUUUUGUUAUCACUGUUAUGUAUAGAUUAUUGGUCGAUACACCAGAUCGUUUAGAGAGUAUAUAUGAAUGUGUUUUAACGAUCCUUUCAAAUCUAUCACCCUACAUGAAGAAUCUUUCAAUGGUAACUUGUGUCAAAUUGAUGAAACUCUUUGAAUAUCUAUCAACUCCAAGAUUCUUAUUCGCAACAAAUCAUAACUAUCGUUAUGUUGGCUUCUUAUUGGAAUCAUUGAAUAAUCUAUUACAACAUCAAUAUGAAAGUAACACUCGUUUAAUCUAUGCAAUUCUUAGAUGCCAAAAUCAAUUCUCAAAAUUGGCUUACCUUAAAAUUAGUCCUGUAACCCCUUCAAAACCAAUGGAGCAAAUCACUCAACCAUCACCAAUUUCAACCAGUGAAGAAGCAUUUGGUAAAUUAAAUAAACUUUCAAUUUCUGAAGAACCAUCAACAUUAUCAAAUGAAAAAUCUGAUAAAACUACUGAUGGUGGUGAUCAUCAAGAUGAAUCAAUUUCAAAGUCAAAGGUUCAAAGUAAACCAACUACUGAACAUCCAAAUAGUACUGGUGCAACACCAUCCUCAACAAAUUCAGGAACACCAACUAUCAAAGCUUUUUCAAGUACAACACCAAAUCAAGAAUCACCAAAAUUGGGUGGUGAUGGUAUAGACUCUCAAUCAUCCACUCCAAAUAAACAACAACUACCUCCACCACCACCACAACAAACAAAGAAAACCCAAAUGGUAUCUCAUUUCAUGCCAACUGAUGAAUGGUUACAAGAUAUUAAAAAACAAUUACCAUUAGAUAAUAUCUUAAAAGUUAUAACUCAUUUAUCACCACAAAUUCAAGGUUUAUGCACUGGUUCGGGAUCUGACGAACAAAAAAUCAUGGACUACUUGAAAAUGUCAACAAUUGUUGGCAUUUUCCAUAACCCAGGUCCAAUAAUGACUCGUCGUUAUCAUUCAAAUGCUAUUACAAAAUCUUGGUUCAUUGCAUACAUGUGGUGUAUCAUUUAUUUAGAAAAUCAUUCACCUCCAUUAUUCCUUCACACAAAUAUUAAAUUAUUCCAAGUUAAACAAUAA